GCGAUGGCACCAAUUCAACGAUUAGGUGUUUUACUGUUACUAGUAAACAUAGUGAUAGCGGAAACUUCUUUGCAGCCUGUUUCGAGUAAAGCCGCCGAUCAAAAGGAAGCUCGGCAAAAUUUCAUAGGACCGAACAGAUUUUGGCCAUGGGGAUGGGGAUGGGGUUGGGGCUGGGCAGUGGCCAUCUUCGUUCUGGCAAUCGUGAAAGGCUCAAUCCUGCUGGGAAUAUUCGUAAUUUGGGCGUUCUUCAAAAGUUUCGGAAAAGCCAAACAUGGAUGCGCUCCGAUAAUUAUUCGGGAAUCUCCACCGCCGUACUUCCAUCACGAGCAUCAUCCCUGGGAUCGGACGGAGAGCAUAAACGAGUAUCCGCGGGUGAAACGAUCCGCGGAUUACACGGAUUCCGCACUGUACUGGACCGAUAUGGUAACCGACUUGAGCUUUAGUUUUCUUGGCGUUCACUCGAGGGAGUGCCGGAAGCGAUUUGUCUGUGAGGUGGAUGUUCGCGCCAGAAACGAUCCGAUGCUGAGUUUCGCGAUGAACAUGUUCGGUAGGGAUAUCUUCCGGCGAUAUCGAUCGAUAGGAGAUAAAAUCGCUAACAGUUUCGAGGAGUGUUCGAAAAUAUACAAUAGGUGUAAAUUUAGUGGUCCUUCUAUUACGUUCAAUGUCGUAACGGGGAAUACGGACCCAAUGCAGGAUUAUGACGAGUCAGUGCAGGAGCAACUCGGGGUGGCAUCCAGUAGUGUAGAAAGUAGUGAUGAAAAAGCUAGCACUGAGGAGGUUGGGGCAGAAGAGGAAACCACCCAAGCGACUGUGACAACGACGAUUGGUGACGAUGUUGCACAGAAGCGAUAUGCUUUUAAAAGGAAACGAUACUUUAAGUUGUGGAAGAAAUAAUUGUAAAUUAUUUCCUAGCUUAGGAUAAAUGAUAAUUUAUUUAACAAGAAUUGU